GAUGCGGCAGCAACAGGCAGAUCCUGAUGCCAUCCUGAGCCUCGCCGUGCGCAGGGGAUGCACUGAGCACCGCGGGGGCUCUGCCGCCGGCCCCCCGCCAUGGAAGAGGAGGGCUCCCUGCCCGUGGCCGCCUGGUUGGCCGCCCUCCACCUCGAGCAGUACGUGGAGUGCUUCCAGCGGCGGGAGCUGUGGACGGUGCGGGACUGCCGGGCGCUGACGGAGCAGAGCCUGACCCAGCUCGGGGUGCGGCUGCCCGGCCACCGCCGCCGCAUCCUGCUGGGGCUGCAGAAAGCCUUCGCUGAGGGGACCCCCCCCAUGGCCCCCGCGCCCAAACCCGUGCCCAUGAAGCGACACGUUUUCCGCAUGAGCACCGCGACGGUGCCGGAGCAACCGGAGCAACCGGCGCAUCCCGAGGAGCACCCCGAGCCCCGCUGCCCGCCGAUGGAGCUGGACAAGGGCGCGCCCUUCACCCAUCAUCCCCCCCCCAUCCCGCCCAGGGUGGGCUGUCGCCCCCCAGUCAAAUUCUCCGCAUCGCUAAAGGGGGGUAGCCCCGAGCCCCCCCACAGCCCCCCCACAGCACCCGGAGCACCCAACCCCAACCCACCGCCCGCCACCACGAAGCCCCCGCUGAGACCCCCCCUGCCGGCCAAGCGCCACCAGCUGGAAGCCAAGGGCCAGGCCCCGCAGGCCCCCCCGGAGCUGCCCCCCAGGACCGCGUCCCAUAGGAGGUCCUGGCAGGGCGCGGGCAGCGCUGAGGCCCGAGGAACUCGUCACACCCCGUUCGGGGAGGCGGCGAACCGCAGCCCGGGGGGGUUCAGGAGCUCCCCGGUGCCACCAGCGGCACCAGCGGCACCAAUGGCCACCAGUGGCCACCAGUGGCCACCAUUGGCCCCAGUGGCCCCAGCCCGGCGCUGGCCGGGGCCGGUGCAGGAAGUUUCGGUGGCGCAGGAAGUGCCGGGGGGUGACGAGAGCUCCGGUCCCGCCGCACCCCCGGACCGCGCCGCAGCCGGGCCCCGGGGCUCGCCCAGGUACCGGGUCCCGGCGGUGAGUGCGGGAUGA